AUGGGUUCCAACACCUCCCGUCCCCGACGCUGCCAGGUAGUAGCCAUGCCCCCCGAAACAAUCACCAUCCGCAACCUCACCAUCACACCCCUGGAGCUCACGCUCGUAGAGCGCCUCGAGCCACCACCCGCCUUCAUCGUCCUCCCCCAGGAGAGCAACCUCGGGCUGAAUAACAUCACCCGCAUGAUCGCCGGCCGGGGAGGCCGUUCCUCCCCCGCCUCUUCCAACAACAACUCCGGAUGCAACAACCCCUUCCACCACAACCCAAAACCCCGGCUCGUAACCGCCAGCCAGGCCCUCUCCGUCCCCUUGGCGCCCUUUACGGAAUCCCCAACGACCGUCUUCCCCCCGUCAGACGACUGCCACCACCAAGGGGAGCAACUCCGUCUCACCUUUUCAGAAACAACCUGCCCAUCCAACAGAUACACCUGCGAAAUACCGGGCUUAUCCGAAGAAUCCAUCGAGCUGGUUUUUAUCGGUGAGAACAAUGCCACGGCCAAGGAGAUUACCGCGAUUUACCUCCCUCAUGUGCCUUACCUCGCCCUGUUUUCCUCUGCGCAGCUUGCGAGCUGGAUGUCAAAACUGCCGGAUGAGAUACCGCUCAGUUCGCUGAGCAUACCCGGCACGCACAACAGUGCUACAUGUCAUGUGGCCUUGCCUAGCGUGCGAUGCCAGGCGGUGACCGUGACGGAGCAGCUGGACAAUGGGGUUAGGUUUUUGGACGUGAGGGUCAACUGCCCUAAUUUGGAUGUCGACCAGCCCGAGAGGCCGGAGCUGGCGUUGGUGCAUGCUGCUUUUCCUGUUGCGCUGAGCGGGGCGAGGUAUUUGAGUGGGUUGCUGGAGGAGGUUUAUUGUUUUCUAGAGGAGAGGCCAACGGAGACGGUGAUGAUGUCACUGAAAAGGGAGGGGACGGGGAGGGGGGGUGAUCAGUUGUUUGGGAAGAUUUUGAGAAAGUGGUAUCUGGGGAGUGAUAGGUGGUAUACGAAGGGGAGGAUACCCAGUCUGGGGGAGGCGAGGGGGAAGGUGGUGCUUGUCAGGAGGUUUUGUUGUGAGGAGCUGGGGGAGGAGGAGGGGGGGAUUGAUGGGUCAGUAUGGCCGGAUAAUGUGGCGGAUGGGGUUUGCGGUUCGGGGAAGAUCAGGAUACAGGAUUUUUAUGAGGUUGGGAGGGUGGACCAGAUUGAGAGCAAGAUUGACUAUGCUUGUCGGGAGCUGGAGAGGUCGGCGAGGAUGUGCUUGAGGUUGCCGUGUGGGGUGGAGGAGUUGAGGGCACAGAGGGAGGAGAUGCCGCUUUAUAUCAACUUUUUGUCAGCGUCGAGCUUUUUCAAUUCGAGUCUUUGGCCGGAUCGUAUUGCGGGAAAGGUCAAUCCGAGGAUGGUUGAGUAUCUUUGUCGGAACCAUGCUGUGGAAGGGAAGGGGAGUUUGGGGGAUAAGGUGGUGGGGGAUGCGGCGACUGGGGUGGUGGUGACGGAUUGGGUUGGGCAUGGGGGUGAUUGGGAUUUGGUGAGGUGUAUUGUCGGGUGGAAUGCCAGGUUGCAGCUGAAGAUCUAG